CUUCAAAACACUCUGCCUACUUCCUUUCUCUCUCCCACGCAAACAUUCAUUUCUCUCUCUCUUUCUGAUUCCAAUCCUCUCUCUGGUUUCAGUCUUCAACAACACACUGAAAAACACACUCCUCAUUCUCUCACUCACGCGCAAAAACACACAUAUAUUCACUCCCAACCAACACACUCUCCUCACUAUCACUCCCUCCCUCAAACCAUCAACAACACACAAUGCUUCUCCUCUUCCUUUCCCUUCUCUCCCUCCUUUCACCCCUCACCCUCUCUCUGAACCAAGAGGGUCUCUACCUCCAAAGCAUAAAACACUCCUUCUCCGACCCAGACUCCUCCCUUUCCUCCUGGAACGACCGCGACCCCACUCCAUGCAACAACUGGCGCGGCGUCAAAUGCGACGGUGCUUCCCUCUCCGUCGUCUCCCUCGACCUCUCCAACACCAACAUCGCCGGCCCUUUCCCUUCCCUCCUCUGCCACCUCCCCAACCUCAAUUUCAUUUCCCUCUUCAACAACUCCAUCAACUCCACCCUCCCCCUCGAUAUCUCCACGUGUCAAAGCCUCCAGCACCUCGACCUCUCUCAGAACCUCCUCACCGGUGCGCUCCCCCACACCUUACCGAGCCUCCCUAACCUCAAGUACCUCGACUUAACUGGCAACAAUUUCUCGGGAGAAAUUCCCGAUACUUUCGGACGCUUUCAAAAUCUCGAGGUUCUUUCUCUGGUCUACAAUCUGCUAGAUGGGACUGUCCCUUCGUUUUUGGGGAACCUCACCACGCUCAAAAUGCUGAACCUCUCUUACAACCCGUUUUUUCCGGGUCGGAUCCCGCCGGAGCUCGGUAACUUGACGAAUCUCCAGAUUUUGUGGCUUUCGGAUUGUAACUUGGUGGGCGAGAUUCCUGACUCGCUGGGUCGGCUCAAGAAGCUCACUGAUUUGGACCUGGCUCUCAACGACUUGCACGGGCCGAUUCCGAGCUCGCUCACUGGGUUAACCAGCGUGUUCCAGAUUGAGCUCUAUAACAACUCGUUGUCCGGCGAGUUGCCCGCCGGAAUGUCUAACUUGACGGCAUUGCGGCUGCUCGACGCGUCGAUGAACCAGCUGACUGGGACGAUUCCGGACGAGUUGUGUGGGUUACCACUCCAAAGUCUCAACCUUUACGAGAACCGAUUCGAGGGGAGCUUACCUGAGAGCAUUGCCAACUCGCCAAAUCUGUACGAGCUCAGAAUUUUCAGAAACGAGCUUACCGGCGAGCUGCCACGAAAUCUCGGCGCGAAAUCGCCGUUAAAAUGGAUCGACAUCUCGAACAACAAAUUCUCCGGCGAAAUUCCGGCGAGUUUGUGUGCAAUGGGAAAGCUGGAAGAGCUCUUAAUGAUAAACAACGAGUUCUCGGGUCAAAUUCCGCCGGGUUUGGGCGAGUGCCAGAGUUUGAACCGGAUCCGAAUGGGUCACAACCGGUUAUCCGGUGAAGUACCCGCUGGUUUCUGGGGGCUCCCAAAUGUUAACUUGCUCGAACUAGUUGGGAACUCGUUUUCGGGUCAAAUCGCGAAAACCAUCGCCGGUGCGGCCAAUCUUUCGGUCUUGAUCGUGUCGAAUAACGAGUUUUCGGGUCCGAUACCCGAAGAAAUUGGGUGGUUAGAGAACCUGUUUAAGUUUUGGGGUCAUGAUAACAAGUUUAGUGGGUCAUUGCCUGAAAGUAUGUUCAAGCUUGAUCAGCUUGGGAGUCUCGAUCUUCAUAAUAAUGAGCUCACUGGUGAGCUUCCAAAUGAGAUUAAGUUUUUGAAGAAGCUCAACGAGCUUAAUUUAGCCCAAAACGGGUUUUCGGGUCAGAUACCGGAUGAGAUUUCGAGUAUGUCAGUGCUUAAUUACCUUGAUCUUUCCAGGAAUCAAUUUUCUGGGAAAAUCCCAUCUGGGUUACAGAAUUUGAAGCUCAAUCAGCUCAAUUUGUCAUAUAAUCGAUUGUCGGGUGAGCUUCCACCCUUGUUUGCUAAGGAGUUGUAUAAGAAUAGCUUUGUGGGAAAUCCUGGUUUGUGUGGGGAAUUGGAGGGUUUGUGUGAUGAGAAAGAUGAAGCUAGGAAUAAGGGUUAUGUUUGGUUGCUUAGGACUAUUUUCGUGCUUGCUGGGUUAGUGUUUAUUGUGGGUGUGGUUUGGUUCUAUAUGAAGUACAGGUAUAUCAAGAUGGCCAAGAGAGCAAUCGACAAGUCGAAAUGGACUCUGAUGUCGUUUCAUAAACUGGGUUUCAGUGAGUAUGAGAUCUUGGAUUGUCUUGACGAAGAUAAUGUGAUUGGUAGUGGUGGUUCUGGGAAGGUUUACAAGGUUGUGUUGAGCGGUGGUGAGGUUGUUGCAGUGAAGAAGCUUUGGGGAGGAGCCACAAAAGAUGUUGAUAGUGGUGAUGUGGAGAAAGGAGGUCGUGUUCAAGACAAUGCUUUUGAUGCAGAGGUUGAUACUUUGGGAAAGAUUAGGCACAAGAACAUUGUUAAGCUAUGGUGUUGUUGUACCACUAGAGAUUGCAAGCUUUUGGUCUAUGAGUACAUGCCUAAUGGUAGUCUGGGUGAUUUGCUGCAUAGUAGUAAGGCAGGGUUGUUGGAUUGGCCAACAAGGUAUAGAAUUGCUUUGGAUGCUGCUGAGGGACUUUCUUAUUUGCAUCACGAUUGUGUUCCUGCAAUUGUUCAUAGAGAUGUGAAAUCCAACAAUAUUUUGUUGGAUGGGGAUUUUGGUGCACGAGUGGCAGAUUUUGGAGUGGCUAAGGUGGUCGAUUUAACUGGAAAGGGUCCUAAAUCCAUGUCUGUUAUAGCCGGGUCUUGUGGCUACAUUGCACCAGAGUAUGCAUACACUCUUAGGGUGAACGAGAAGAGUGACAUAUACAGUUUUGGAGUGGUUAUUCUCGAGUUGGUCACUGGGAGGCUCCCGGUUGACCCCGAGUUCGGAGAAAAGGAUUUGGUGAAGUGGGUAUGUACCACUUUGGAUCAAAAAGGCGUGGACCAUGUGCUUGAUCAAAAACUUGAUUCUUGUUACAAGGAAGACAUAUGCAAGGUCCUAAAUAUUGGCCUUCUCUGCACUAGCCCUCUUCCAAUUAAUCGCCCAUCCAUGAGACGGGUGGUUAAAUUGUUGCAAGAAGUGGGCACAGUGAACCCAUCCAAGACUGCUAAAAAAGAUGGAAAAUUGACACCUUAUUACUAUGAAGAUGCCUCGGAUCAAGGAAGUGUAGCUUAAGAAUUUUAUGUUCAAGUUUUAUUACAAUGCAAAAUAUUUCCAAGAAGGGGGGGGAGUGCUGGUUUUUCUUUUGCUUGUUCUUAAGGUAACUUCCCAUUAUUACUAGGUUUUGCUUAAAAGAGUAGAGAAAAGAAAGAGUUGGAGUGAAUUUCUUGAGGAGUAAAAGAGAGAUGGGAAUGGAAAAUAAAAAAAAGGAGGAUUUUAUUAUGGGAAGAGAGAGUGGAUGUUUUACAGUGUAAAGUAAUUUUGACCAUAGAGGUUUUUCUCCAACCAAGUUUAGUAGCUGCCUGCAUUAACCCAUCUUAUUGAAGAAGAGAGUGACGUUUCACUGUUAUUGAUUGUGAUCCAUCCAUGGUAUCACUCAGGUGAUUUUUCAAAAUGUAAACCCGUGGCUUUUUUAUUGUAUCUACUAUAGCAAGUUAUUCAAGGAAAAAAAAACACUCUUUAUCUUA